AUGAUUCGUAAACAAGGUUAUCAUGAUAGUUCCAGCCAAAAACCGUAUCACAUUUCCAUUAAAGAUUAUUCCGACGUUGUAUCGGAGAGAAUCGAAUAUUUCGAAGAAACCGGAAACUGGAGAAGCAUUAUUUUCCUUCCUUUCAACAUGGUGUGGAAAAUUUUAGUUAUGUUAAGCACCGUAAUUAAUUGCAACUUUGUGGCUUAUAUUUUAUUGUACGAAACCGAUCCCGGUACUUUAACCUUUACAAUUUAUUACAUUUUUGAAGGAAUUUAUUUUAUUAAUACUUUGUUGUCUAUAUUACACAGAGCUAUGAAGUUUAGAAAAACAAAGUCGUUUACCCCAAAAAAUGCUUAUUUACUAACUUUGGAUGUGAUCAGUUUACUUCCUUAUUACGAACUUUACUAUUUAUUAAUGAAAAUAUCUUAUGGUGAGAAUUACGAAUUCGCAAGUGAUACUACAAGAGUAAAAGUCUUUUUAAGAUUAGUUGCUGUGUUGGCGUUUUUUAUUAACUCAAACAACGAACCCGGUUUAAAUCAUUUAUUAUUGAUGACAGUUUUGCAUUUUGUUAUUUACUCUUUAUAUUGCAUUGUAUUUAGCGGGAUUUGGUACGAUUUUGAAGAAUGGAAAACUUCAUUAACACAUCAUUACAUCAAUAGGGAAUCAACCGUUAAUAUGUGGCUGGUUUGUUAUGCUUUUGUGAGCAGUAUUUUUUAUCAUGCGUGGUCUGGAAUAAUAACAUGCGUAACAUACCAAGAAUUUGUUUUAGUAACUGUAGCAAUGUUAACUGCGUGCGUUCUCCAAAUAAUUUUUUAUUCAAACUUAACCGCCCUUUUUAUAAAACAAAUAUCGGACCAAUAUUACUUUUCGUAUCGAUUAUACGUGAUUAAGAAUCUUUUGGAUAAAUGGAAGAUGCCUUUAUCGGUUAAAAAAUUGGUUGUAAAUUUUUACAACACGUUUUGGGAGAAAAGACUCGGAAGAUCAACUAUGCCGAAAUCAUUUUACGAUCGUCUUCCAGCUUCUUUACAAAAAGAAGUUAGCUUGGAUACUUUUUGGGACUUUUUUCGGCACUCCCAUUUCUUUAACGACACCGAUUCGAUUUUUAAUCGAAAUUUAUGCCUCUCAAUGAAAUGCCAAUAUUACACCGCCGGGGAAUUUUUGUACACAAAAGGCGAAUUAAAAAACAGAAUCGUAUACAUUGUUAGUGGGGUGAUUCAAUUAUUAUCAAUGGACGAUCAAAAUUCGCCGGUUAUUUCAUUUUCGAGUGGAACCGUUCUCGGCGAAAUUUGUUGUUUGAUGUGUGUUGAAAGUAGCAGUUAUCUGAGAUGCGCCACUUACUGCGAAAUCCAAGUUUUAGAAUUAAAAAGUUUAGCUUACAGCAUGGUAAAGUAUCCUUACAUAUCAAAGCUUUUAUGGCAAAAAUUAAAUGCUAGAUUGGAAAUCGCUCGAAGUUUACAACACGAGGAAUUAAUCAAAUUAAAAUCAAAAGAAGAAAAGAAAACUUCAAUAAGAUGGUUUAAAUCCGAAUGGAGAUUAAUCGCGGAUUUAGCAAAACAAGGAAAACGAACUUACGAUGGAACUGAAAUCCCGAUAGUGCCAUUUCACUUCUCCAAGUUUCUUAAUCUUUACGUUCUUAGCGAUGAAGUUGAAUUAAAAGUGAAAGCAAUUUGUUUAAAAUCGGAAUUUCCUUGCGUUUUGGAUCCGAGGAAUAAUUUCAAAACGUUUUGCGAUAAUCUCAUUUUAAUCGUCGUCUUCAUUCAAAGCGUUUACCUUCCUUAUUUCAUCAUUUUUAAAAGACAAUUGACUAUGCAUCAAAUCGGAUUAUUUUACACUUUGGAUAUGUUUUAUUUUUUUGCUUUAUAUCUCGACGCAUCGACUGCCGUAAGAACUAAAGAUAGAGUCAUUUCAAAUAUACGCGAUAUCAUAAUUUACAAAGGCAAACAAAUUACGAUUAUGAUCGAUAUUUUUGCAACAAUCCCCCUGGAACUAUUUGCAGGGAUGAUCACUGAUUCAUCAAGAGCUACUGAUCUUCUUCAUUUAAACCGUGUCUUAAAAGUGUAUAGAUUAGUCAAGUUGGUUCAUAACGCCCAAUUAAACGUUUGGUUAGAUUACACUAACUUAAGAAUCAUCAAAUAUUUACUUUUAUACACUUUAACUAUUUAUUAUCUCGCUGGAUUCGUUUAUAGCAUUGUUUGUUUUUGGGAGUGUUCGCACAUUGGUUGGUACCUAUAUAAUAAAAUUUUAAAGGCGUUUUUAAACGAAUCUUCAAAUAGCAAACAUUCUUCGCCGUUUAUUAGCUCGUUGCAUUACGUUAUUUCUAGUUUACUCGCUACCGCAUGGAAAGAAUUUUAUGCUUAUAAUAUUCUCGAUAUGAUACUAGAACAAAUUGUAUGUGCGAUUGGAUAUUAUUUAAUAAGUUUUUGUUUUGCUGAAAUGUCAGCAUGUGCUGUUAUGAGAUUAAAACAUCAAUAUGAUUUUAGGGAUCGAAUAAAUUCAUUAAAAUUUUUCGCCCAACGUAACAAUCUUCCUGAAGAAUUAGCGAGAACAAUGUUCAGAGCAACACAUUGUCAUUGGAUGUAUAGUAACGGUUACGAAGUAACCGGGCAACAAAGCGUGAUAAAACACCUCCCACCAAGCUUGAAAGCAACAAUAGUAACUAAUAGAAUCGUAAACUGUUUGAAAUUAGUACCAUUAUUUCGUCGUUGCAACGAUAGAACUUUACUAGAACUUGCUGGAAUAUCAAGUAUUGAAAUUUGCCCCCCAAAUAUGAUCGUGUGUCGCGUAAAUUCUAAACCGACGUUUUUACACGUCAUUUUAAACGGUUACUGUAAAAUAGAAUCGUCGAUUCCAACUGAUAAAUACCACGAAAUAAGCACCACUGUAACUAGAGGUGCUUGUUUUCCGAUUUUAGAGGUUUUAAUGGGUAUUGAUACUUUUCUUCACGUUGCGUCGGUUACGUAUUUGGAAGUGAUUAAAAUAAAGCGCAAACCUUUGUUGCGAAUUUUAGAGCAUUAUUGUGAUAAUUACCAUCAACUUACGAACAUUCUAACCAAACAUUUUGAAGAUAAUGAAACCGUUCUUUCGCGACGAAAAGGACGUUUACCCGAUAUGGUUCCCACUUUGCGAUCGCAAGGAAGAGGAGAGUUUUUCGAGUACAAAUGUGUCGAUGAUGUAGAUGUGACCGAAAAAGAUAUUAAUGAAUUUAAUAACACUUUUAAUGUGAUUGGAAGGUGGAAAUUUAUUCGGCACGUUUUUUUACGGAAAACAUUCGAACCCACGUCUACAUUUUAUUUGCGAUGGGAAAUUUUUCGAUGUGUUGUUGCUGUUAUUCAAGUCGCUUAUGCGCUAACUUUAUUAAAACUAAGUUUUAUUCAUCACAUUUAUGGUUAUAUCGAGUUAGUUUUUGUCGUUUAUAUUUUGGUGGAUACUUACAUAAGAAUGCAUGUUCGUUAUUACAAUGAUAUCGGAAUUUUGGUGACCCACCCGCUAUACACAGCUCUACAUUAUUUUACUUCAUCGUUUUCUGUGGAUAUGUUUGGGUUAUUUCCGAUUUAUACGCUACAGGUUAAUACAAUCUUUGGAAAAUCGAGGAGUAUGAAUACAUUGUUGAUUAUGACGUUGAUCACGAGACCAUUUCUUUUAUACAAAGUGAUGAGAGGAUUUUCUUAUUUACAAGCGCAAGCUAAACAGGGGAAAAUCCUUUUUUACGAAAAUUGCAAAUAUUUGUUGAUUGUUUUGUUGGUGAUUGGAAUGGCUGCUUUAGCUUUGGAAGGAUUUACUUGUUCGGAUUCGGAUCUGAACGACCAAUUUACUUGUCCUAAUAAUUCUUGGAUUGUUAACUCUUAUUACAACGAAGCAUACAACGCAAAAACUCCAACUUUAGUAUCAUUUUUCGUCGCUUUCGCUUUAUUUAGUUCUACAUCAACAGCGACAUAUCGCUUUUUAAGUGAUAGAUACAUGUGGAUGGUGUGCGGGUUUAGUUUGAUUUUAUUCGCAGUGAAAUGGUUUGUUUUGGCUCGAAUAACAAGUAUUUGGAUUGGGGGGAAUAAAAAUUUAGUUCAAUAUCAACACAACAUGAACAUUUUUUUGAGUUUCUGUAAAUACCAUCGAAUUAGCAAUAAAUUAAUUCAAGAAGCCAUUGGUCAUUAUGAAUACCAAUGGGAAAUGAAGAAAGGUUUCGAUAUUUCAGUGAUCAUCUUGAAAAAACAUCCCGUUUUAAGAAGCGAUUUUUAUCAAUUUAUGUACGAAAAGUACUUGAGGAUGACUGAUAUUUUCCACGAUGCUUCGCAAGGUUAA